AUAUGCACACACUUGUCAUACGAUUGCACACAAACACAUCCAACAGAGAGCUCAUUUCUCCACACCCUCCAACUCUUUCGCACAGUCCAGUAUAAUAUGAGGAAGAAUCCAAUCUCUCCAUCCUCCAUAUUUCUUCUUCAUGUUCUUCUUCUUCCUAUCUUUCUACCAUUAACUCAAUGCUCCACCAUUCGAUUGGAUGAAAACGAAGACUUGAUAGACAAAACAUGCAAGCAAACACCUCAUUAUGAUCUCUGCCUCUCAUCUCUGCAGUCAAACCCUGAAAGCUCCAAUGCAGAUGUGAAAGGCCUAGCCAAGAUCAUGGCUGAUGUUCUUUUGUCAAGCGCAACAGAUAUACAGAAUUUCAUUGAGGGGCUAAUCAAGCAGGCCCCAGAACCAGAACUAGAGAGAUCCUUGGCCUUCUGUGCAGAAUUGUACAUCCCAGUAGUGAAAUAUACUCUCCCACAAGCAAUAGAUGCUUUGAGUAAUGGUGAGUACAAGUUUGCCAGCUAUGGUAUUUCAGAUGCUGCUAAGGAGGCAAUUGCAUGUGAAAAGAAGUUCUCUGGCUCAACCAAUUCACCCCUAUCUGAUAGGAACAAUCUUGUGGAGAGCCUCUCUGAAGUGGCUACAGCCAUUCUCAACAUACUGCUCAAGGGUUAGUUCAUUGUUUGUUCCUUUAUAGGGCUGGCUGAAUCUCAUGUACUGAAGCUCCUCUGCAAUAAUUUGUUUAGGACCAAACCUUUCAGAUUUCUCAUUUCUUGUCUAGAUAAAUGUACUUUGAAGCAGCAGUUUCAACCAUGAAUUUGGUAUCCUUUGUUGUAU